GGUACAAGCGGCACGGUCGGCGGUCCAGCCACAUCGAGGCUUUGAUGGGGUUUACAGAGGAGGAGGGGCCCUCCAUGCGCCUGGCGGAGAGUAAGCAGUUCUCAGGCCAGCUGGAAGUGACCCCUAUCACCUCUUGGAUGUUCUCGUACAAUAACAACUGUACAUACUACAAUGUCUCGCUGACGAAUGAUGAGGACUGGCACUUUGUGGCCAUGAGCUACAGUUUGACCUCGUUAAUUGUCUAUACCGACGGGAAUGUAUCCCUCGAGUGCCAUGCGUUGGAUGGGAACCCGGUGCCCAACCAAUGGACUGAAUUUGACCUCCAAAAAACGUCUUCUAACUCGAAUGUACGUAAAGCCUUUGCGUUCGGAAGAUUCUCGUUACCGUCGUCCGGCGAGAUACUCACGUCGGAGAUGGAGACGAGCAUGCCCCUGGCGGCAAAGAUGGACGAUGCAAGGGUCUAUCUGAGGGCCUUAUCCGUCGAUGAACUGAAUUCGGUCUACGGCUCAGCCCCCCAGCAACCACUGGAUAGCCUCCUGGCUUGGUUUGACUUCGGAAACGGCGGCCCGAGUAUAGAGGCACGGUACACAAGCAUGUCUCUGGAUGUAUACACGGUACCUACCUACCUACAUCACCCGGACGGUACUUACCUACCUACAUCACCCGGACAGUACCUACCUACCUACAUCACCCGGACAGUACUUAUCUACCUACAUCACCCGGGCAGUACCUACCCACCUACAUCACCCGGGCAGUACCUACCAAUGGACAAUACCUAUCUACCUUCUAAGGCCCAUGCUCACUAUGCUCACUUGACCCUACACAGUGAGUUCAAGUACAUUCUCGUGCGCAACGCAACUGUGUCCAAUUCCGAAGGACAGGUGUCCAGCGUUGCCAACGACGCCGGAGCCGCAUUGAUUCUAGUCAGUCCAGGAGUGUAUGCGAAUUUCACACAAUUGCCGAUAGUAGUCAAUUCGACAGAUCUGAAUCUACUCGUCAGCCCCGGAUACUUUGGAAACAUCACAUUCCAAGUGCAGAGGGUAUCCCAAUUCACACUCACACCAGAAACGGACGAAAGAACCGACUACAUCCACCUGUUUCUUCACAUCAAGCGUAAUUGGCGUCCGCAGGCAGGCAGUGCUGGCUAUGCCAUUUCGUGCGAUGGUGAGAAUGACUACAUGUACGCGCCCUAUUUCCGAUGGCCUGUGGGCAACUACACCUCUGAGGUCGACAAUAUCACUCGGUUUGGGGGGGGUCCGGUCACGGUGGAAGGGUGGGUGUACAUCAUCAAGGAUCGGAUCUCCGACGGGGCCAUUUGGGCCAUAGCCUCGGGAGAGCAAGCCAAGACCGCCACAGACGGGACCAAUCCAUACAAACGCACUGGCCGGUUCGUGUUCUCCAUGCCUAGUUCCGGCCGUCCGCAACAGUACAGGUUUGAUGUGGGGAGUCUGUCGCGUACUACGGGUGAUACCACCCACUUGGGCGGCACCUGGGCUCACUUUGCCAACGUGCAUUCGCAGGUGUCAGGCACCUACGCGGCUGUGUAUCUGAACGGCGAGCUGAUCAGUGAGACACACCACGACCACAUGGGCGUAGGCACUCCUCACGGACUCAAUCAACAGGACCAGACACCCAAUCAGCAACGCGUGGAG